ACCACGAGAAUGGUGUUCUUCAGCACCUGGCGGCACAUGGCCACGAGAAUGGACGUCUUCAGCCCUAGUCCGACUUCGAAUUGGAGUUUCCUGUCGAGUUUCCUGUCGAGGCCGACCUCUAGGCGGCCAGCGAUCACGGGAAUGGGUAUCUUCAGCCCGAGGCCGACUUUGAGCCGGGGUCUGUUGUCGGAUCUCUGGUCGAGUCUCUUGUCGAGAGCGACCUCUGGGCGGCGAACGACCACGGGAAUGGACCCCUUCAGACCAAGUCCGACUUUGAGGUGGGGUUUCCUGUCGGGUUUCCUGUCGAGAGCGACUGCUGGGCGGCGAGCGAAUACGAGAAUGGACAUCUUCAGCCCGAGUUCGAAUUGGAGAAUGGACAUCUUCAGCCCGAGUUCGAAUUGGAAUCGGUGAAGCCUGCCGAGGUGGUACUCGAGGUGGUGAGUGUUGAUGAGGAUCGGCGUUAACAGAUCGAGGCAGCGGUGGAAUUGGUGAGACCUCUCGAGGAAGACCUUGGGGCGAGCGUUGAUGAAACUCACGGUCUUGUUCGUUCUGUUGCCUGGGCGGGUCAGAUCUUUGAGGCAGGUACGUCGGCCACUUUUUCCAUCGCCAGUUUCCCUCAGUAUCAAUCCACCACUCGCCUCUUUCGUCUGGAGAAGGUGGAGGGCUUGGACCUCUGUAACCGCGAGAUCUCCUUGUCGGCUCCUCCACAUCUUCUCGUGGAUGUUCAAGGGGGGGAGUGGGAGGUUGAUGUCGGUCAUUGUAUGAGCUAGGCGGUGGAGUGCUAUAGGUCCCUUGGCCAGAUCGUUGCUCUCCAGCUGAAGGUCUUUCACUAGGACCUGUAUUCUCAGCCUGUGUUGUGUACUCGCGAGAUCGACUUUCACUGGGAUCUGCAUCCUCAGCUUGCCUUGUGUACUCAUGAGAUCGACUGCCACUGGUCAAGUAGUCAGUGAAUCUUGGUUGCUAUACUCACUGGUGCCUCUGGAUGCAGAAACACUCACCUAUGGCUGUCACCAUGAUGAUAAUCAGGUUCACGUCCAUGUUGGCUAUACUGGUAAUGUCGGCGAUGUCGGUCGUCUUCUCGAUCUUUGUUGCGUUCUUGUUCAUCGCCAGACCCCCCUGUGGUCGAAGGUGUGAACCUCACGGACUUGGAUCUUCUGUGUUCAUACCAGGGCAGGAAACCAUGAUCAUCGUCACACUCAUUCCGAGCCAUCGCAGUUGGUCUCAGUUGUUCUUCUUGCACCGAUGUCGUUGGCUCCAGUUAUCCCUCUUCUUCCACGGCCAAUGCGUGUAUCUCUCACAGGAAGAGGGUGAGUAUCCAGAGAGGCUUGCCUGUGUAUAUAUAUAUAUGUAUAUAUAUUGGGAUGAUCCCUCCGGUUCAAUUGGAUUGUCUCUGGGAGAUGGGUCGAGAGGAUGAAAGAGGACCAAGUGGCUAUCGAAGUGAUUUAAAUACUUUGGAGCUGCGUUGGGUGCAAAAAGGCGGUUGAGAGGCUCUUUCACUUCAAACAACCCAGCCGAAGCUUGUCGAGGGCAAUACUCACCUUUAUAGACAAUUUUCCUGUCACACACUCGGUUUGAACCAGGCAACCAGAACUGUUUCUAAGCCUCGAUUCAUCCACGGAGUCUUUCCUAUUAGACACUUUGGACUACUUUGACGAAUCUUGCGAUUCAUCAAAGACGCCAUAUCCCGCACAAGGAUCGGGGCUUUUACUCUGCAGAGGACUUUACGUCGAGGGUCAAUUAGUGUUUCGCAACCACUUGGAGUGUCACGAACCCCCGAUGCCCCUUCUUUCCCCGUCAUAAAUUCCCCGGGUCGCGCUGCCAGGUUCAGUCACUUCGUCACACCAAGGCUCGGGGAUGCAGAAUCUGUUGGGAUAGAUGCAUUGUCACCACGGCCUAAUGACACCGAUGUGACUGAAGGUGCAGUUCGGGUGAGACGAACCAUGGAUCAUAGAUCGCGCCUUGUCGAGUCUGAGGUUUGGCGUUCAUGUCACUUCCAUAUCAGUCACCAUGGGUGGUGACACUAGAAGAGGGGAAGAAGAAAUACGAAAAAAAAGAUGAGAAGGGACUUGGAGUUGACGAUGACAUUGGGAACCAUACAUUCAUGACGCUCACGGGUCAUAUGAGCGGUGUCUACAAAUCCGUCUCGAGCCAUGUCAUAUGCAUGAACGUUUAGGUUGGUAGGACAGCACGAGAUAUCAGUGUAUACAUACCCUUGCUGUCCUACCAACACAUACAUAUGCCGGGGCACAAGCAAGUCUGGGGUUUCUUGACCGCUACCCCAGAGGGUUUGUCCAAAUGAUUUUUCAUCGAGAGGACGCAAUUACGAUGGUCGAAGGCCAAAGGCACCAAGAAUGGCGGUGAAAACCCACGGUUUGCACGGUACUCGGUGAGAUCCAUUCAGUGUCUUGUCUUAAUGGUAACAGAGACUGGACGUGACAGAGAAUAUGAAACGGGACAAACACACACAGAGAGAGGCUGUGUAGGCUGAUCGGGGCUUGAGAACUGUGGACAGCUUUCGGCACAUGAUGGAUGACGGGCAACAGGCAGUCACUACCUAGUAGUAGGACGAAAGACUGUUGUUGGUUGUGCAGAAAGUCGAGAGAAACAAGAGUAUGUGUGGAUGAAUAUGCCUUUUAGGCAGAAAUCACUCCAGACACGACGUUUCAGAUGCCUGGUACCUGAUUUUGAAACCGGGCGGUAUCGAAGAAUACAAGCCUGAUUUGCGGGAAUGUACCACCUCAGAUGAAGUAUAGAAUGAUAAAACUCAAGAUCUGGGGAGAGAACAAUGAAUGGACAGAGACAUUGCACGGCAUGCAUGACACGCCCAUCUGCAAUUGAUUAUCCAAUAAACAAUGAACAAUGAAC